AUGGGAAGUUCAUUUUUAUUAUUCGAAAAGUAUCUCUAUCAGACGAUAAACCCACCCCCAAAUUAUCCCACAUGUAGUGAAGAGGUGCGUUGUAAUACAAAUAACAGCGACCGUUUGGAUGAUUUUGAUGAUGACGACCUUCCGUCUCUGAGAAAUUUUAUCAUGUAUUCUGUUGUUAUUACAAUAAUAAGUUGUUUUGGAAUAGUUGGAAAUAUAAUGUCAUUGACAGUUCUUAGAAGAAAGGAGCUCGUUGGAUCAGUCUAUACCUAUUUAUCAGUAUUAGCUGCUACCGACCUCGCCCUCUCAAUAAUUUUCUUCUUAGGAGGUCUAGCUAGGGGUGCUUUUUACGGUACCAAAUUAUCAACCCUUGAUGGAUUAGUAGGUUUACCACUUGCUGGUGCCUUUAAUUCUAUGGCAGUGAUGGCUACAGUCGGUGUGACAAUAGAUAGAUGUGUAUACCUUUGGAAUCCAGUUCAUUGUACUAAACCAAAGUUCUGCAAUCCAAAACUAGCAAGAAUAUUUAUGUCAGUAAGUGCAGUUUUAUCAGUGAUUCUAAAUGUACCUUAUUGUUUCAUCUUUAUUAUAAACUCAGAUGGAACUCUGAGCCCUUCGAAAUUCGUUCGUUCCAGCUUAUAUGCUUGCUACAACUGGAUUCUAUUAGUAAUCUUUACUAUUACACCUGGAACCAUAUUAAUUAUUGGAAACAGCUUUCUAAUAAGGACUUUGCAAAAAGCACGCAGAAUCAAAUGCAAUGGAAGGAAGAGACAGGACCACAGAAACUUGACGAUUACAUUAAUAAUUAUAAUUGUUCUCUUCAUUAUAGUAGAAGUACCAUCUAACUUUAUAUCACGUACUAGAGCAGUCACUUUAAUAUUUUUUGGAGCAAACGUAGGGAUUGACGAAGUAGUUAUAGAAAUUAUCAGAGAAAUAUGUACUUUACUAGGAACUGUUAAUGUAACAGCAAAUUUUUUAUUAUACUACCUACUUUGUCCAGCAUUCUGUAGAGCACUUAAGGAAACGUUCAGAGUUCGUACUACAGAAAAAGUCGAGAAAGUUCAAGUAAAUGUGAUCGUUUUGGGAGAAAAUAUGAAGAUGUCUGCAGUUAAAUCUAAAUUUCUUGAAAUUGCAAAAAAUAUGCCAACAAUGCUCAAGAAACAAGAUGCUAAUUCGGACCUACAACAUUCUAAUACAAAGCCAGAUGAGUCGGAGUAUGUAGAAAUCAUAAAUGACUAUAACGACAGCACCUUGUCUUCUAGACUGUCUGAGACAGAAACUUGUAGAAAUCAAUCACUAACACCUAAUGUAAUAAAUUAA